AUGUGCGCAAAUCACCUCCUGCCGUGGCAGGCCGUGGAGAAGGGGAUCGCCAAUGCCCGGGCCCGUUACCAGGCGGCCAAUUACAGCUGGAAGCUGGCGGGAUGGCAACACCUUAGGACCCAGGAGCGGCAUAAGCUGGGCGUGGUCCCUGUGAAGCCGGGGCCUGUUGGCUGGUACUCCUGGAGCUCCGCAAAGUAUUGGCGGCUCUCUGAUGCCUGGUCGAAGGACAAGCUCUCAGCCUCCGCGGGCUCAAACCGCCUCUGGAGCGGCAUGACCAAGCUACUGAACCUCAACUCCAAAGGCUUGGCCUUAGGCUUGGCUGAGGGGACCAUCCUCUUCAAAUUCACGGUGCCCAUCCACAUGCCUUUGAUGCUCUUCGCCAUCGUGCGCCUGCACCGACGCGCGUACAGUGCAGCCCCUGUGCCUGAGGCCUCCGUGGAGCAGGCUGGGUUUUGGGUAACGAUGGGAUUUCGCCGCGAGUUAUGCGAGCCCCCCAGGUGCAAACGGUUGCACCACCAAAUGACCGUCAAGGAGGAACCUUCGCGUUUGUGGUAG